AGCACUCGGUACGGUACGCUUUUCACUCGACGCGCGAGCUCCUCGAUCGCCGCGGUUCGCGAUCGUGUUUCGCGCCUCUACAAGGAAGCGCUCCCUCUGACUCAAAGUGCCGUGUGUAUUUAGUGCCCAGCUUCGAGUGCCGUCCUUCCGGGGCUCGGCAGAGUGCAACGAUGUUACGGUGCUGCCCAACCGCCAGCCGGUGAUAAGGUACACAGGCUCCCCGCGAGUGACCGAGUGAUUUCCGCGCAAAACAGGAACACGCUUCGAACACCGACAUACCGGCGGCACUGUUCGAUGGGCCCAAACAAGCGAGGAGGCCAAUAAACCGAACGAAAACGAAACGAAGUUCCGAGUCGCAACCCACAACACUGGCUAACAGCAGCAGCCCAGCCGUCGUUUGGUGGUUGUCGAUUGAUUAGUACUUUUGAUUAACCAUUAAUCAACACAGCGAUCGGGGCCGUGCCGUAGGACGUAGGAGUGCACCCGGUGCGGCAGCCAAACACCCCGCAAACGGAUUGCGGUGCACCGGAACCGUUAUUGAUCCGGUGCGGGUGUGCUACACAUUGAGGAACAACGAGGCGCAUGAAAUCAACCGAAAAUAUGGGCAACAUGUUCCUGCUCAUGUUCGGCCUGCAGCUGGUCUGCCUUCGCUGUGUCAGCGCUUCUUGGGGCUCGCCCGACAGCAACCAGUACCACAUUCAGACGGAUGAGGGUCCCGAGCGCUACUUCCGCUACCAAACGGACAAUGGCCAGUUCCGCAAGGAGAAACGGUUGCAGGAUGGCACGGUGAUAGGAACGGAUGCCUGGAUUGACGCAUCGGGCUACCUCCGGCAGAAUGAUUACAUCGCCGACCACAAGGGCUAUCGGAUUCUGAAAUCGAAAACGGUCUACGUCGGACGAGACCGCCCGAUACAGGAUGCGAUAAAAGUUGCCAAAACUAAGCCGGCGGACUCAGGUAUCCUGGUGCCAUCGGAUCCAUCCUACGAGCCACCAGCGCCACCUCCACCAGCUCCUCCCCAGCAUCGACAACCCAUUCAACCGGUCGCCAUUGGUCCCUCCACACCCGGGCCGAUCUCUCUGCACCACGUCACACCCUCCUUGCACGCCGUCUACGUACGUCCUCACUCCGAGCCGAUCGCUUCAAACCAUCUGCCUCCAUCGCCUUCAGCCGGCCAGUAUUAUCCUACCGCAACGCCAAGACCACUCGACAUCUACGUUCCGUCGACCACCUACGCCCCACUUCCCGGGAACGACCUGUCAUCGGCACCGAUCGCGGUGUACGCACCGUCGUCCACACCGUCCCCGCUGCGUGACGGUUCCGAAGCUCAUCUACCUCCGCUGGUGCUGUUCCGCAGCGGUCACAUUGCGGCCACAACGUACUCACCACCGCACCGUCGCCGAAGACCCAAUCAACCGCAACGACGACCGGACGAACAGAUCGUCAUCGGCUCGUCGCGGCCCUACGUCGAAAGUUCGACUCCGGUCGCCAUCAGCCUCCAGCAGCACCAGCUCGGACCCUCGGAUAACAACCUGCUCGACGGCUACGGAGACUUCAAUCGUGAUCUGAUCGAACCACCGGUGAACCGGUACGAUCGAUACAACAGUCGGUACACCGUGGACCCGAUCCGUCGGGCGGACACCGCCGAGUCCCAUCCGUACGAUGGGGUGGCCGUGACGAACGAUGGCUUCCGAUACUAUCUGCCGCGGCAGUACCACGAGGAGCGCCACUCGGGCUCGGAUACUCGCGACGGUUCGUUCGGAUACAUCGAUCCGUUCGGCAUACGGCGCGUCGUUUACUACAACACCGGUCCCGAGAAGGGAUUCGUACACCGGAAGAACAACCGAUUCGUGGGCUUCAAUGCGACGCCCUACGAUCCGAGACCGGGCGAAGCGUAGGACAGGAAGAACAUCAAGCUCCUGUCCACACAGUCUGCUCAUCUGUCUCUCUCUCUCUCUCCAACUCUUUCCUAGCAACUGAACCCAUCGUCGAAACGGUUUAAUUAUUUAUUUCCCACUAAACACUCUGCUUCGUAGCUUAAACAUCUGAUCAGAAGAACGGUACCUGGUAACGGCAGGCCCUAGGGUGAUCCUCGCUUUUUCGCCUCCCUCCGAACCGACCAGCCUAGCACGGAUUUCAGUUAACCAGCAACAACCUCCCCGAAUCGAAUAGCUCGGUGCGCUCAGUUUAGUUUGUCGGCGGUCGGUGCGAUCUCACGUGCAGUGACUACGCAUCGUGAUCUUCUGACUUUUUUGGGCAGAUUCCUGCCGUGCAUCAUAAACCAUCCCCGUGACAAUGGGAGUUGAUCACCAACCAUUUCAUUUCAAAUUUAAAUCAGCCACCGUUCGUAUUUUGCGGCCCAAAGCGAUGUCACCGUUCAAUUUUCGUUACGCGUUGGUAGUCGUUUACUAUUUGGCCAUUAAUGUGACCCCCGGCAAGCAAUUUCGUUUGAUCGAUUGCGUUCGUGGGCAGCGUUUAACCGUGCUUUUCGUGGCGCAAAGUGGCAGAGAUUGAUUGCAUUAUGCUGUUUCUAGUUGAGUUUUUUGCUGUCCCCGAAUUGCGUCAGAUCUUGUUCCGAAAGUAAUUCGUGCAACAAUCUUUUGGCACCAUCUAACCUUAGGUGCGAUGUAAGACGUGUAAUUUACUGUAUGUGAUGAAGCGGGAAAAAAGCAACAUUAUUAAUGGACCUUCGACCGCUUUGGGCCCUAACUAGGACAGGAACUACCAAUUACGCCGAGUGGUGGCAAUUAUUCCCCCAAAAAUGGAGCCCAUUCUCACCCAGCAUAGCCUUGGAAAGAUCGCACGAAUAGACUGAAAAUGGUAUUUGACCAUUUUUAGUUUCUUUUCCCCUGUCCGAUGCAAAUCUCCGCUCGUAGCGUGUCCUCGUACAGCUCAUUCGUCCGACCGCCACGACACUAAGCCGGCGCCAUGUGUACGAUAUGCCGAAUGUUUUUGCAAAUUGCCAUAAUCUUAAGCCUUAGAGUAUAACCUAAGUUUUAGAAGCAAACACGUGCUACCCACAUCGGAUCGGUUGCUGGUAGCGGUAGUAUUUAUAGGGAUGCAGUGCUUAGUUUGCGUCCCCAAUAGUGUAUUCCCAAGUUAACGAGAAACCUACUUGCCAUAUAACCCGAAAGAAGACCACUGUGUGUGGAGAGCAGUUGGCGUUCAGCAAAAAGAUUCCAGUGUUCAUCCGAUCACAAAACCAGUGCACUAAUAUGUGAUCCGCCGCUUUGCUUUAAAACUUCUGUUCAUCCACCUCAAGCAUCAGGAACGCACGCUAGCUCGUAUGCCAUUUCUCCGGCAAUAGAUCUUCAUUUCCGUUCAUGCGCUAACGCUGACAAGCGGCCCGGUAUGUCGUAAGUCGUAAAUUUUAACACAAAACCAGUACAAGAAAUGAACUUCCGUUACGGAGAAUGCCGCACUGUGGUCGUCGUAGACACUACGACGACAGCUCAUGGCGGUACUGUACGAGAGCACUAAAGCGCGCUGUCCGCAAUCGCGGUAUAACGAGUAAGGCUUGUUUUGAGGUACGAUCACGGCACGGAAGCCACCGCAUACAUUCUCGGCUCGGCUUCCGCGUUACCCAGCCCAGUAUUUUAAUAAAGAUACGAUUUUCAUCGAGUGAUUCAA